AAGAGAGAGGGGGGAAGGGAAAUCUCUCUCGUGAAGAAGCAGGUGAUGAAGAGGGAAGGAAAAGGAAGAAAAUAAAACCCCUCUUCUCUCUCUCUUUCUCUCUUUCUCUCUUUCUCUGAACAUUUCUAAAACUCACAUUCAUUCUUUGCUUCUUCCUUUUAUAUCACGAGAUCCCCAUCUCUUUCUCUCUCUUUCUUUCUUCCUUCAUGUCUUGUUCAGAGGUUGUUCUUCUUUCGACUCUCUAUCUCUCUAUCAUUCGUACUUUCAAUCACGCACAUUGCUGAGAGAGAGAGAGAGAGAGAGGAGGAAUAAGAAAAGCGAAUUUUUUUGAGAGAAGGAGAGGUGGGCAAAAUUUUGAAAUUUUUAUUUUGGAGCUUUUGGGGUAUUGGGUAUUGUUUGGUUUGUGGGAAAAUGUCGCAUUCAGGGAAGCCCAUUUUGGAGCCGGGGCUCGACGCGCUCAACGAUCGAUUCCGGGACUCACUGAGUUGCGAGGCUAAUAAGCCCGAUUUCCGGGAGCUCGAUCUGGGCUCGCCGGUUUCGCCUCUACGGAUCCGGCAUACCGGACCUGCCAGCAGUGGGCUCACCGCCACCACCACCACUACCACCAGUAGUAGCUCCAGCUCGUCCGGAUCGUUCUCUGGCCGAAACGGCCAAAACGCGGUCGCGAAAAGAACUGAUUCCGGCCCCAACAACCAUUCCGGCGAACUCUCCGGGUCCAGCGAGAGCAGUCCCACGGCCGGUGACAGUGCCCGAUCUGGCGGAACCGGCCGUAAUUUCAAACCGGGUCAUAACAGAUCCGACUCCGGAUCCACCCCCCCGCUAAUAUACUCGGGUCAGAGCCAUCCCCAGACCCAAAGCUCCGUGAAUUCACCGGCACUGAAUGUCCUUCCAACCGGCAACAUCUGCCCGUCCGGGAAAAUCCUCAAAACGGGUAUGGUUCAGAGCCGGAGCUCCAGAACCGACGUGUUAGGAUCCGGGUCGGGCAAUUACGGGCACGGGAGCAUAAUGCGGGGGGGUAUGAGCCCCAAAGAGUCGGCAAACGCAAGCGCAAGCCCCACAACCAUGCGGUCGAGCGGUGGCGGAGAUUAUGUGAGGAAAGCAAUGGUGGGUGCGGAUCCGGAGGAGGUGAAGAGGGCAGGGAACGAGCAGUACAAGAGGGGCCAUUUUGGGGAGGCAUUGAGAUUGUACGAUCGGGCAAUUGCGCUUUCGCCUCGCAAUGCGGCGUACCGGAGCAACCGGGCGGCAGCAUUGACGGGUUUAGGGCGGCUUGGGGAAGCCGUGAGGGAGUGCGAGGAGGCGGUGAGGUUGGAUCCCAAUUAUGGGAGGGCUCACCAGCGCUUGGCAUCUCUUUUUCUUAGGUUAGGGCAGGUUGAGAAUGCCAGGAAGCACCUUUGUAUUCCUGGAGUUCAGCCAGAUCCAGCAGAGUUGCAGAAGUUGCAGGCAGUAGAGAAGCAUUUAAACAAAUGCACAGAUUCCCGGAGGAUUAAUGAUUGGAAAAGUGCUUUGAGGGAAGGUGAUGCUGCCAUUGCUGUUGGAGCUGACUUUUCUCCACAGCUCUUUAUGUGUAGAACGGAAGCACUUUUAAAGCUCCACCAAAUUGAUGAUGCAGAAUCAAGUCUAUCAAAUAUUCCCAAACUAGAACCGACUACCACCUCCUGCUCCCAGAGUAGAUUCUUUGGGAUGCUUUCUGAAGCUUAUCUAUACUUUGUCCGAGCUCAGAUUGAGAUGGCAUUGGGAAGGUUUGAGAAUGCAGUUACAGCUGCUGAGAAAGCUGGGCAGAUUGAUGCCCGGAAUGUUGAAGUUGCAGUGCUGCUUAAAAAUGUUAGGUUGGUGUCAAGAGCUCGUGCGCGUGGCAAUGAUCUCUUCAAAUCUGAGAGGUUCACUGAAGCUUGCUCUGCAUAUGGUGAAGGUCUCAGGCUUGACCCUUCCAACUCUGUUCUUUACUGCAAUAGGGCAGCUGGUUGGUUUAAGCUUGGGGUGUGGGAGCGAUCCGUUGAGGACUGCAACCAAGCCUUACGCAUCCAACCCACUUACACGAAAGCGCUUCUUCGGAGGGCUGCCUCAAACAGCAAGUUGGAAAGGUGGGUGGACGCUGUGAGAGAUUAUGAGGUCUUGAGGAUGGAACUUCCAAAUGACAAUGAAGUUGCAGAAUCAUUAUUCCAUGCUCAAGUUGCGUUGAAGAAAUCCCGUGGGGAAGAAGUUUACAAUAUGAAGUUUGGCGGUGAAGUGGAGGAAGUAUCAGGUCAUGAGCAGUUCAGAGCUGCAAUAUCUCUACCAGGCGUGUCUGUUGUUCAUUUCAACACAGCCUCUGACUUGCAAAGCAAGCAAAUAUCUCCUUUCGUGGACGCAUUAUGCAGCCGCUACCCAUCCAUUAAUUUCCUGAAGGUGGAUAUUGAAGAGAGCCCAACAGUGGCAAAUGCUGAGAAUGUGAGGAUUGUUCCAACAUUCAAGAUAUACAAAAAUGGUAUCCGAGUGAAGGAGAUUGUGUGCCCAAGUCGUGAUGUGCUGGAACAUUCGGUGAGGCAUUACAGCUUUUAGAACACAAUUGUCUGAACUGUACUGCUUCUCUGCCCAUUUUGCAUUUUCUUCUUGCUUCCCAAAUUCCCCCCAGUUUCAUGGGAACUCUCCACAGCCCUUCCUUCCAAUCUGCCCUCCCCCACCGUAUAAGGUUUACAGAUACACCCUGUGUCAUAAUCAGAAGCACAAAAUAAUAUCAUUAGCAGCCAAUGCCAGUGGAACCCAGAGAAAAUAGCUUAGUUCCUUUUGCAGUUGUUAUUUAUUCAUUCAUUCCUCAUUGCUCUCUGGUUCCAUUUUCUUCCUCCCCAGCCCCCCUUUGUAUCUUUCUUCUUCUUUUCACUUUCAUUUAGGCCAGCCCCCCUGUUCUUGUAUCUCCCACUUUCACCAAGAGAAGGAAACAUUGGAAUUAUGUAAAAUUUAAUUAAAUUUGCUCUUUAGCUAAAUUUUAGAGAGAGAGAGAGAGAGAGAGAGGUGGCUGGCUGGUGGUAGAAGAGAAUCUCUGUACAUGUAUAUAUGUGCUGAUAUAUACAAAAAAAAAAAAAAAAAAAAAAAAUGGAAGCCAUGAGGGAGAUUGGAUGGAUGUUUGGUGGGUACUUACUGGGUUAGUGAAAGAGGGAUGAAUAUGUUAUAUUAUUAUUGAUGUUUCUUCUUCUCUUAAACAAUUUCAUCAAUAAAAAAUCCCAAUUUUUCCCUUACAA